AUGGACCUCAUUGAGAAGCUUCUGCCUUCCGCUGGUUUCACUGACAUCCUAGUCAUCGUCGAUAGGCUCACGAAGCAAGCUGUGUUCGUGCUGACACAUUCCAACCUCACAGCCGUCAAGUUGGCCGAGUUGUUCAUCCUCAAUGUAUUCUCCAAGCAUGGUGUCCCCUCUCACAUCACUUCCGAUCAUGGCUCCGAAUUUGUCUCGCACUUCUUCCGAGGCCUGGGUAAGGCUCUCGACAUAGAACUGCAUUUCACUUCCGGCUACCAUCCGGAAGACAAUUGGGUCACUCUCCUUCCGCUUGCCGAAUUCGCCUACAACAACGCUCCACACGAUGCCACUGGCAUAUUGCCCUUCUUCGCCAACAAGGGAGAACUCCAUGAGUUCCUUAAGGAAAACAUUCGCAAGUCUCAAAAGCGCUACCAAAAGGCAGCCGACAGCCGACGUCUUCCGGCUCCAAACUUCAAGGUCAGCGAUCAAGUUUUUGUCAAAGCUCAAUUCUUCCAAACCACCUGUCGAUCCAAGAAGCUAGCCAAAAAGUUCCUCGGCCCAUAUGAGAUCAUAGCCCAAGUAGGAUCUCAUUCCUUCACCCUCCGCCUUCCCCAGUCUAUGCGACUAGUCCAUCCAGUGUUCCAUGUCUCGAUGCUCGAGCCUUUCAAGCCGAGUACUAUUCUGAACCAUGCCGUUGAGCCGCCAGCACCCGUCGAAAUCGAAGGUGAACUCGAGUACAAGGUCGCCAAGAUAGUCGAUUCUAAGAUCGAUCGACGACGCAAGUGCAAGCUCCUCUACUAUGUUUGA